AUGCACCUGGUUUCCCGCCGCCACCAGAUAUACCUGUUCGAUGUUGGCGGCCACGAUAUAGACAAUGACUUCUUCAACGGUGACUUCGGUGAUAUUCUGCGACAGAACAAGACCACCAAGGGUAGCAAACGUGACAAGGGCAACAAGAGACACGAUGGCACCCGCGACAAGAUCGAAUACCGGGCUUACAUCCUACAGCGAGCCGCUCCUCUCAAGGAUGAUCAGGAGCGCAGCUGGGCCCGUGUUGGCAAACAAGAACUUGCUUUUGAUGGUUCCAAACUCGCGGAGAUGAGUGCUGCUCUGAGAGCCAGUACGGGACGAAGAAUCAUCGAGCGUCUUCGCGAGGAAGAGAGACAUGGCGAUAAGAAGGUCCGAAAGAUGGAGUGGACCCUUGACGGGGUCACCAAAAUCAGCUCUCAAGAUGACUUGACUGGCUCGCUGGAGGCAAAACUCGUUGUGAUUCUGAAGCGUCAACCUUGGCGCAAGAAGACCAGUGACUAUCACGAAUCGGAUGAAUACCUUCGCACCGAAAUUGUUGAUCUAGCAGACGGACCUCCGGAAGCAAGUGCAAGGGAGAAGAAGAAGGAAAAAGACAAGAAGAAGGACCGCGACGAAGAGGAUGAUUUUUGGGAUGUACCGAGCUUCGUACCUGAUCCCUUCGCACAGGUCAGCGCUCCUCCACCACCCGCUCACGGCCACAAUCAAGCACAGCACCUUCAGAAUCCUUUUCAUCCUCAGCAUUAUCCAGUGCAGUAUAGCCAGCCAUCAUCGGUGCCAGCUGGCGCGGUUCCUGUGGACCAAUGGUCUCGUGGACAUCUUCACCAGAAUGGACUUGCACGUUUUGACCGGAACCUGCAUUCAAAACAACCGAGUCGCCGUUAUAGUGCACCCGGCGCAUUCGACAUAUCGUCCGACAUUGGUCACCAUAAUGAUUUUCACCAUCCACAGCGACAACAGGCAUCCAUUCCACAUGAAGAUAGUGCAUUCAAGCCGGGCCCUCCAUUACACGUGCCUGGCGUGCCCAAGACGCCGCCGACGCCAUUUCACCAUUCAGAUUACGAAAGUGGUGAGGCUGCCUUUCAAGGGUUGCCAGCCCAACAUGGAGACCCUGCGGCGGACGCAAUCCACCAAGUGGACGGCGCAGCUCCGGUGCAAGGAAGACCAGCGUCCGAAGAGAUUGUUCCUGGACCGCCUAUCACUGGAGAGGAUUAUCUGUCUCAGCUCGACCCAACAGCAAUCUUUCGCCAAAGACUGUCUAGUCAAGAGGACUUAGAUUCCCUCCCCGAGGACCAGGCCGCAAUCUCAGAUACAGAGAUCAUUGCCACCGUUUCGCUUCCUCUGCGAAAACAGAUCGCAUCGGCUUUGAGAACACACCAAAUAGCAGGCAACUGA